AUGACAAACUCAGUCGUUGGUGCAUAUAUAAGGCGGUCGGUCGGCAUCACCAGCACAUUCAUCCGAGUGUUGAUCAUGAUGAAGGUCCUUUUACUCUUCGCACUGGUGGCCGUUGCCUAUGGCCAGAGGAGUGUUCCGGUGGACGCCCAAAGAGAAGGGAGUCAGUACCACUUCGCCUGGAAACACGACGGCAACCGAGAGUACACUUGGAACGGCGCCAACGGGUACUGCUCGGGCCUCGGAAGCGGCUGGAAGGGCGUGAGCAUCGAGACCAGCGGGGAAAGUGGUUUCAUCAAUGAGAUUGUUGGCGAUGCCGGACUUCCCUGGGUAUGGACUGGAGGGCAGCGCAAGGGAAGGGACUUCUCUUGGCCUUCAGGAAAGCCUUUCAAGGGUCUGAACUGGUCUCACACUGGACUUACUGGCAAGAGGCAACCUGACAACCGUGAACCAGGUGGCGAGAACUGCCUGGCCAUCCUCAACAACUUCUACAAGGACGGCGUCAAGUGGCACGACGUUGGCUGCAGUCACCAGAAGUCCAUUAUCUGCGAGAAGUCUUAAGGGAACACCCGAAGUGGACGAGUGAACACUGUUCCUCCUGGAGAAAACUAUGAGGCGCAUGUAUCACUGUCACUGGAUUUUGGAUCGUCACUGUGACUUUGGUGCAGAAUCGAACGAUCGAAAUCCGACUGUAUUUAUUUCUUAUUUAUGUGAAAAUCUGGAAAUAAAUUCAAAUUUGCUUUAA